AAUAUUAAAUGAAGAUCACAUACAACAUUUGUGCAUUAGCAAUACGGCGUAAACUCUAGAAGCGCCCAGCCCAGGACAAUAAAUCUCCUCAGCAUGUUUUUUUUUUUUUUUUUUUAAAGCCUCUUCUCAUGUUACACAGCACAUUCCUCUCCAAACCUCCACUCUGCUUUCUCUUUUCUCUUUUCUCAAGUCCACCAUCCUCCUGCAACGUGUUGCUAGAGAUCAGAGCUUUGUUCUGAGAGUUUGGAGACUAUGCAUUGGAAACUGAAGAAUAAACCAAGGGAAAGUCACUAAAGAAUCUGACUUUGGAUGCAUCUCACGUAUGGUCCAGUUAAGAUGAGAGGAACUUCAAGAAGGUUUGUGUGCUGGAAUAAUAGUGUGUUUGAAUGAGGAGCGCAGGAAUUAAGAUGAUGUGGCGCUGAUGCUGUGAGUGAACAGCCAAAGCACAUUAGGCUGCUGACCUUAGUGUUUAUAAUGGCUCUAAGAGUGUGGUUGAAGUUCAGACUAAAAUGUCGGUUUGUGGUGGCCUUCCUUUUUUUCUUCGGUCUGUCAGUAGCGAUGAUAUACACCCUUCCUCCCUUCCCAUCUGAGCAGAGCAGGGUGAAUGUACGGGGCCCCCGCAAUAACAAACCCAGCAAGCUGGUCGAGAAGUGGUCUCUGAGACCUUACCUUCCAGUGUCUUCAUACGGACAGAACAGCAGAACUCGGAAGAACCCUGAAAUUAAAGAUUCCGCGAAGCAUCUUCUGAUGGUCAACCAUCAUCAACUAUCAUUUUCCUCUGGAAAGCAAGUUAAGGAAAAAGUAUCAACCAAAAAGCCUCCAAAAAGUAAAGCAAACAAAAAAGAACGCUAUCUGCAGAACACAAACAAGCGUCUAGCCAAGCCAUUUGCAGCCAGUGCCAAAAAAGGGCGAGCCAAUAGACUAGGAAAUAGCAGCAACUCUAACACAACCAUCCAUCUUCUUCGCUCCAGACAUGACCCAGCUUUCCCUCAGCCUGCCAGCAUCCAAAGCCUCCACCCAAAUAACAAGACAUGCAGGCACAAAUGUGCUCCAGAUGGGGACAAAGUAAAGAGGCUUGUGGGGCAGUUCUCUGAUACACAGCAGGUGGUAAAACUGAAACAGGCCCCUGGAGAAGCAGGGACACAUGAAAGACAAGCAGGGCCCUUUGAGAGGAAGAAGCCCAAAUCCGGGGCAGAAAACAAUGACAGGAUUCCAGCAGAGGCUGGCAUCAAGGAUUCAGCCACUGACUGGUGUAAGACUGUCGCUGAUGAGACUUUUAUUAAAAACUGGAACCAGACCAAAGCAGAGUCUCUACCCUGGCUGAGUGAGGACGAUAUGAAAAAGAUGGCGCUUCUCUCCAGAGGCACUGUGCUGAGUAAAGCCAGGCUACCGGGCCAUGGUCAAGUGAUUCAGGUUGGAUUCAGUGAUAGAUAUGACAUUUUUGCUUCUGCAGGGGACAAUCAUAUCAAACGCUGUCAGACAGGAAGCUGUGCUCUCAUAAAACGCCCCAGUGACUGGUUUGAGGUGUUCGCCUUUCACCUGGACAGAGUUCUAGGUCUGAACCGGAGCUUGCCCGCAGUGUUAAGAACAUUCCACAGUGAGAUUCUACCAUACAGGUACACAACUGGAUCUCCUAGACCGGUGGUGUGGUGGGACCCCAGCAUCCAACAUUUGUCUGACGCUGAGAAUGACCAGAACUCUUUUUCCCUUACUUGGCCACAAUAUCAGUCUCUGCUUAAGAGCAGGUGUGGUACUCGGGUACCGCUGAACUUUACAACAUGUGUGGGAGUUCAUCAUUCAGAGUGGGGGCGGCUGGCCUUGUUUGACUUCAUGCUGCAGGUGAAUGACAGACUGGACCGGUCUUGCUGUGGUUUCAGACCAGACCCAUCAGAUCUGUGUGUAGAAAACCUGCUGCAUAUCAAAUGUGAAAACCCAAAGGACUUAAAUCUGGUGCACAUCCUGGUUCGGAAGACAGAACCAUCCAGACUGGUUUUUAUUGACAAUGCAGGAAGACCACACCAACCACAAGACAAUCUCAACUUCAGACUUGUUGAAGGUAUUGAUGAGUUUCCGGAAAGGGCUGUUUCAGUGCUGCAGUCAGGAUGUCUGGAGAGGAUGCUCCUUCACUCCCUAUCUGUGGAUCAGGAAUUCUGGGUGAGCAGAGGAGAGGAGUCCGGACUCAAAUCUCUCAUCCGGCACAUAGAACAAAGAGCCAAGGCCCUCCUCCAGUAUAUACAAGAGAAGAAACUAAGACUUAACAGAGAUCUAUAACUCUCCCAUGAAGAGAUUCUCUCAUUUUGUAAAUAACCAUACUGAAUUCUCAGAAGACACAAAAGGUUUAUGGAAAUUGUUUGCUUUGAUUUGCCCAGAUUCAUUUAUGUGCAUGUCUCGAGGUGUGUUUGUUGUGCUGUUUAGAAAGUCAUGCAAACUAUAAAAGACAGCUUAAAUGAGAGGAGGCAGUGCAUUUGCAUGGAUUUUUGAGUGAUUUCCCUAAUCAGGGUUGACAGUCCUUGAACUGUGAUUAACUGGCGCUCUCAGUAUCCGAGAGAAGAGAUUCCAGAUGGUCAUUUGCAAAGCAGAACUCAUGCAGAGGCCCAUCACUGUGAAGAGACUUACCAGACGCGAUGCAAGAUUUCAACAACAAGCAAUUUGUCUUUCCAUGCUGAUUGUGUAGAAUUUUCACUCAGAAAUUGCUAUAGUCAAUUCAUAAUGAAUUAAAUGUGAAAUUUUAUUGUACAACUUACUCCAAUAAUCUUUGGCUUAUUUACAACAUAUAAAAAAAAAUCUUGGUAACACUUUAUUUUACAGUGCCGUAGUUACACGUUAUUACAUGUACUAGUAAUAACAGUAAAUUAUGCAUAAUUACAAGUAACUAACCCUAAACCAAACCCUAACCCUAACUGUCUCUAUAGUAAGCACAUGUAGUUAGUUAAAAGCAUGCAGUACUUAUUUGAGUAAUUACAAUGUAACUACAGCACUGUAAAAGUGUAACCAAAAUGUUCUUUACAAUGUAGACACCAAAUAAUUGACAAAAUCUUUCAUUCAUCUGCAUUUUACAAAACCAUAAUUUACAUGGAAGAAAUUGACAAGUCUUGCAAGCCUUUCUGUGGUGCAUUAAAAGAGAAAAGUAGCAAAUGAUUCCAAAAUAUUUUUCUUACAGCAGUGUUUCUCAACUCCAGUCCUCGGGACCCACUGCUCUGCAUAUUUUGUAUGUAUCCCUUAUUUAACACACCUGAUUUAGAUCAUUAGGAGAGACUGCAUGAACUGAACUGAGUGUGUCACAUAAGAGAGUGCAGAAUGUGCAGAGCAGUGGGUCCCGAGGACUGGAGUUGAGAAAACACUGUUGUAUAGUGUAUGUGAAACUUGAAAAAAAAAAAAAACAAUGGAAUUAUGUUGUACAAGCUAAAUCUUCAAUGAAGGCUGUUUCAGUCUAGAAUAGGUGCUGAGGACUAUAAAACUGUGUUAUGGUGUGAAACUGAGCCCAUAUCCAGGUAUCUCCUGCUGGCUCCUACAGGGCAUUCAGUGCCUAAAGGCACAGUUAUGCACAAAACUGCUGAGUUUAAAUUUGUGCUGUCAUUUAUCAUACAUAAUUCUUGGCUUUCGACUGGAUCUUAUAGGCCACAUAUACGCACACUGCAGAUUGUCACUCUUUGUCUGAGCAAUGAUCAUUUAUACCAAAGGUUCUCAACCUUUUUGACUCCUUUUUGGCCUCCUGUUGUUAAAAACAAUAUUAAAAGGCCAUGUGACUUCUACAGUUUGUGAUUUACUGGAGAAUGAAUUAAGGAUACAUUAGCUGAAACAUUUCCAGAUUUUCUGCUUGAUUUACAAACCAAAUACUAUAAAAUAUAGUAUUGUUGUUAUAUUUUUUAGAGCUUGGCGUAACUAGAAAAAAUUUAUAAUCAUAAUUGAGGGGUGAAUUUUUUUUUUUUUUUUUUUUAGCUUAUUAUAAUGCUUGUUUUCUCUAAUUUUAAAUAAUUUUAAGUCAUCUUGAGGCUCCCUUGAAUUUUGCUAAGACCCCCUAGUGGGAUUUAGAUGAUAGUGAUAUUCGUUUCUUGAAGGAAUCAUUCCUUUAAGCAAGUAACCAGUUGAGCCGGUUCACAGAAUUGAUCUGAUUUGAACUUUAGUUCCAGGGGCCUGUACCAUGUAGCUGGCUAGCCAGGUAAGUUUCAGAUUAGUUUGCGCCGGUUUUAGGUACCAUGAAAGUGACUUGGCUUUUAGCGGUGUUCAUCACCAUAGUAACUUAUGCUCCACGGCUAAUCUGCCCCGGGACAGGUUUUGUUCUGGGUAAGAGAUCUCAAACUGAAACUGGACAAUCAGAUGUGAGCAAAGUGACACUCCCCCAGUUUCUCUUCCUCCAAAUUAAAGGUCACUAUAUAAUAAAAACAAAUAUUUAACAAUGAAAUUGUCUGGCUUUAAUGAUAAUUAGAAUUAUUUAAUGAUUUAUAUAGGAUUUAUAUAAUUAUUUUAUGAUCUAUAUUAUUAUUAAUCCAUUACACACUAGCAAUUUUAGUUGAU